GAUGUCGUACGAUAUCUUAAAGUUAUCGGAUGAUAAGAUUUUCAGAUUCUCAUUAGAUAUGUUACCAACAACUGAAAAAGACUAUAAUCAACGCCGAAUUUCGCCUUUUAUAAAGGGUGCUUUUGGCUUAAUCCUAACAGCCAGUAUUGAUAUGCUAAUAGGAUUUUCCACAUCAUAUUGGGCAACUUGGGAAAAAAUAGAAACUCGAUCAUACGGAGGCUAUGGACUAUGGAAAAUGUGGUCAUGCUCUCCAAAAGAAUUAGGUGAUGGCGAAUAUAGCAGAAACACUUUUACCUGCUCAUAUAAAUUAGCAGGUUGGUUUGAAUUCCCGGGAUGGUAUGUUACAACGCAAGUUUUCUCCUGCAUUGGUUUCGCUGGAAUGCUUCUUACUGUAUUUGGUUUGGCAAUGUAUAUAUGCAGAGUAUCUCUUCGAACUCAGAGAACUAUAUCAGUUUUGAUAACAAUUGGUCAUUGUUCUGGUUUUUCACUUCUAGUCAGUUUGGCAAUAUUCGGUUUUAAAGUUGUGUCUGAUAUUGACGCGAAAAAGACAACUGAAUGGUAUCUCAGUUGGUCAUUUACAUUAAUUUGCACAGCUUUUGUAUUGAAUGAAAUUGCCGCUUCAGUUCUUGCUUCGGAAAAACAUAAAAUUUUAAAAGAUCAGAAAGACACACAAAAACUUGAAGAAGAUAUGAGAAAUGUAUUGACUAAAAUUUCAUCGUUUCAAACCAAAUAA